AUGUGCCCAGACGCACAAGAUUAUAAGGCUGAAGCUGAGUGUUACGACGCAAGAAGGCGUUACGAACAUGUUCCCCACUAUCAACCACACUGGGAAGAGCAUCUCGGUAAUGGUCACAUAAUUUUUAGUGAUUUAUCCGAAAUAAAUGGCUACGAGUGCCUUUUCGAUCCAGCCGGUACGUAUCUGGUGGUGAGCGAUCCAUUCCAACCAGCGGCACCUAUCGAGCGUGUACAGCUUCUAGCAACACUACAACGAAUCUGGACUAAACGUGGCACCUAUCGAGUGUAUCUGUGGGUACAGGACACACUGUACGGGUACGAUCCAUUUCAACCACUUGGUACUACGUUUGAGUAUGGGUCACUUGUGGAGUUUGGAGACGGCGAUACGUUACCUAUCACACCGCCGAACAAUUUUGCUGGCUAUCCCGUACGUAUCGAGGUGUUUCGCUCGGUAUAUAGCAACCCCGUGGUGCACGAUACGAAAGCCAACCACAUAACAUACAGUGGAGCCGACGUGACGGCACGUGAUGUCUUCUGUCGGGUGCUGAACGCCACCGUUGUACCGGUACCGGCGGAUAAAGAACUUUUCGGUGAUCGAUUGCCGAACGGUAGCUUUUCCGGUGCACUCGGACGGCUUGUACGGCGCGAGGUAGAUAUCGUUUUUACCGGAUUCUUCAUCAAGGAUUACUCGACGCGCGAUAUCGAUUUUACUGCCGCACUGUACUCGGAUGCGGUUUGCUGUCUGGUGAAGAAAGCAAGUCGUGUACCGGAAGCGAUACUACCGCUGUACAUCUUUCCCGGCGACAUUUGGGCGCUGCUGGGUGUAAUCGGGCUUUGCUGUUCGACCGUUUGGUGUCUGUUACGAUGGUGCGUACGUCAAGUACAACCACCGGUCGGUGGUUUGUGGUCCCGACGCCAUCGAUUCGCGGUACUGUUUAAUCUGUCACGCACGUUACGGAUAGCCGGCCCGGGACGGCAAACGUUACAACUCUUCAUCGACACAUUCAUAUUGCUGGUGAGCGCACCGUACCAACGAUUUACCCGUUCCGGCGUGGAACGAUUGUUUCUGACCGGUUUACUGCUGGUUAGUCUCAUAUUUGUCUCCCUAUACCAAUCCGGCCUGGCGGCCGUGUUUGUCAAUCCUGUUUACUAUCCCGAUAUCGGUACGCUGCAGCAACUAGACGAAACCGGUAUGAUCAUACCGGUAAAGUACCGUGGAUUCAUCGACGACGUGUUUGCGGUCAACUACAGCCGACUGAUGGAUUCGCUGCGCGCACGGAUGCAACAUCUGCCGGUGAAGGAAUCGAUGCUGGCACGUGUCGCCCGGCUCGGUACGAUUGCUACCGUCACGCGCAAAACGACACUCGCGCUUGACAAUGCGAUCUACAUGACGACCCGUCAGCUGCACAUGAUACCAGAGUGUCCCCGCACGUACAAUCUGGCGUACGUCAUGCCGCAUCGUUCGGUAUUUGGUGAACAGUUCAACAAGGUGCUGCUGCGAAUGGUUGGCGGUGGGCUGAUCGAUCACUGGAUCAACGUGGCACGGUACGAGUGGACACUGAAGGAUUGGCGCGUGGUGCAGGGCAUGAUGGAGUCCAACUUUAAGGUGCUUACCGUGCUCGAUAUGCAGUUCGCUUUCUACGUGCUGCUGAUCGGGCUCACCCUCAGUACCGGUGCGAUCGGUGCAGAGUUGGUGUACUUCCGCCGAACACAUCAAGCGUCCGUGUAA